GGUCUCCUUCAGUCUUGGCUGUGCUUGCGUUCUGCUCCUCUUAGUGUCACUGCUGCAGCCUUGAAUGCUGGCUUCUUGUUCCCUCUGCUGCUUCCGUGCUCCGGCGCAAACCCGUCUGGAAAACCAACACAGCAGAGGCAGAGGAGGGUGGCGGGAGGAGAAGUUCCCCAGGCAAAGUCUCGGAGUGGCAUUGGCUCUGGAAGUUUUCACGUCAUUUGCUUCCUUUCGCCUCCCUCUCCCUUCCCCUCCCUCAGCCUCUCCCCCCUCCGCGAACCCGGAGCUCCCAUGGAGCAGGUAGAGAAGAGGAAACCGAGCUUGCAGCACUGAGAACCCCUGGACCUGGAGCCCGUGAUGUCUGGCCCCAACCUGGAGGCUUUCCCGCCUUGUCGGAACUGGUCAUCUUGUCCGGAGCUCAACAGGACUCGGGAGCCUUUGGGAAAUCUCUCGCUCUAUGACGAUGAGGAAUUGCUGCGCUACGUGUGGAGAGAAUACUUACACCCCAAAGAAUAUGAAUGGGUUCUGAUCGCUGGCUAUAUCAUCGUAUUCAUCGUGGCGCUCAUUGGCAAUGUCCUGGUUUGUGUUGCAGUGUGGAAGAACCAUCACAUGAGGACUGUUACCAACUACUUCAUCGUCAACCUUUCCCUGGCGGAUGUGCUUGUGACCAUUACUUGCCUUCCAGCAACACUGGUGGUGGAUAUUACAGAGACUUGGUUCUUUGGACAGUCCCUCUGCAAAGUGAUCCCUUACUUACAGACUGUGUCGGUGUCUGUAUCUGUGCUAACAUUGAGCUGCAUAGCCUUGGAUCGAUGGUAUGCCAUUUGUCACCCUUUGAUGUUUAAGAGCACUGCCAAGAGGGCAAGGAACAGCAUUGUAAUUAUCUGGAUCGUAUCAUGCAUCAUUAUGAUUCCUCAGGCCAUUGUCAUGGAAUGCAGCAACGUGCUCCCAGAUUUAGCCAAUAAAACCACUCUGUUUACAGUGUGUGAUGAACGCUGGGGUGGUGAAAUUUAUCCCAAGAUGUACCACACAUGCUUUUUCCUGGUGACAUAUAUGGCACCUCUGUGUCUCAUGGUGUUGGCCUAUUUACAAAUAUUCCGAAAACUAUGGUGCCGCCAGAUCCCUGGGACCUCUUCAGUGGUUCAGAGAAGAUGGAAGCCUCUUUACCCUGCUACUCAGACACGGGGAGGGCCAGCACAGCAGACUAAAUCCCGAAUUAGCGCUGUGACUGCAGAAAUCAAACAAAUUAGAGCCAGGAGGAAAACAGCACGGAUGUUAAUGGUUGUCCUUUUGGUGUUUGCCAUUUGCUAUCUCCCAAUUAGUAUCCUCAACAUGUUAAAGAGGGUGUUUGGGAUGUUUGCCUAUACAGAAGACAGAGAGGCUGUGUAUGCCUGGUUUACAUUCUCACACUGGCUUGUCUAUGCCAACAGUGCUGCAAACCCAAUUAUUUAUAACUUUCUCAGUGGAAAAUUUCGGGAGGAAUUUAAAGCAGCAUUUUCUUGUUGUUGCCUUGGAGUUAACCCUCGCCAGGAUGAACGACUUGCCCGGGGACGGACAAGCACAGAGAGCCGGAAAUCCUUGACCACCCAAUUCAGUAGUUUUGAUAAUGUAUCGAAACUUUCAGAACACGUUGUACUGACGAGCAUAAGCACACUCCCAGCAGCAAAUGGAGCUGGACCACUUCACAACUGGUAGAAUAUUUAUUCCUACAACAAGGAUAGCUUAAUAAAAAGUCUAUGUGCAUUGAAAUCUGAUCAUCCAAAGGUAAAGCAAGAAUAUGGGCCCAACAUAAAUGUUCAGCUUUCAACUCAGAGUUAACAAAAUUGUUUCCUAAUUAUAUUGCCAAGUUACAAAAAGUUAACUUUUU